AUGCAGUUGUGUACAAGAGCACAAGUUUUGCAAGCGUUUCACUGUGUUGACUUUUUUGAGACGCUGUUGAGGUACUCCGAUGUGCCGAGCUUGCCAACUCUCCUGACAUCUCGUGCGCCUCUGGGGCCUUGUGGAGACAAGCUUUCAAGGGGCAAGGAUCUCGAGAUCUCCAUCCCUUCGGAGCUGGAGGAAACGUUUCCACUUCCGCUUCGAGUCCGCAACACUUUCAUAGAUGUGGGGGAGGAUGAGCAGCUUUCUGAGCAAACAGCACAGUCGGCACCUGCAAGGCAUGCAGGUCGAAUACACCAGCUUUGGAGAGAAGGUUUCCCCACUCCUUGCAAGAGCCCAGUCGGAACACAGCUGAAAGAGACUCUGCAUUGCCCUCCGUGCAAGCCAGUGCUGCGUCUGGUUGACGUUCUGCCAGGAAAUCCAGAACCGUUGGUGAACAACAGCUACGAUGGCUCUGUGCGGACUUCUUGGGCAGAUCUUUCCACAGGAGGCACCACGACGCUCUCUCCGGAAAGCGCUCCGGCAGCCACACCGGCAGCUCCUGCAGCACGGCUGGGCCUUGUGAACUUGAACCCCCCGAGCCGCCCGAGCCCAGCACAAACGGCCGCAGUGCCGAGCCCUUUCCUCGGAAUGUACAACGCCGACGCCUUGAAGACCGAAGUCCACGAUGUGCACGUGCCACCAGGUUGGGGAGGUAUCUGGCAUCCUUCUCAAGGUGAGACUUGGCAGCCCCGCUUUGACCGCUUUGACCGCUUUGACCGCUUUGACCGUCAAGGAUGCCAGCAUCCUGCCAUUCCUACGAACCUGGGAUGCCGACCUCCAGAGAUGGUUCCCCAGGCUCCAGUUCCUUGCGUUCCAUCCACACACAUUCGCAAACAAUAUGGAGAACCGUGGCUCGGAAGGGCAAAGCCACAAGUGGACUCAUAUCCCGUGGGACCACUGGCCACCAGCCCACUGAUGACCGUUCCAGCUCCUGUUGGACCUGCACCAGGAUCCUUCGAACUUCCUAGCAUCGGAUCGCAAGGGCACUCUCUCGGCCAGUGCAAGCCCUGUGCAUUUCUCCACACGAAGGGAUGUGACAAUGGGGCUGUGUGCAAGUUCUGCCACCUCUGCGAGCCGGGCGAGAAAAAGCGCCGACAGAAGGAGAAGAGACAGAUGAUGCGGGGCAGCAGCUUGGCAAUGUCACUGCCCUUUCGAAUGUUCCACUGA